GAUAUUGAUGUGCUGCCUAGGCACGAAGCGUGUGACGUGAACACCAAUCUUCUUGUUACACCGAUCUCAAUUCAUAGGACUCUUCUAUGCUAUAAGUGAACCCUCAGAAGCGAGAAAGAGACAAGUAGACUGGACCGCGCAGCAACUCAUUGUCACCAUGGCGAGUUACUUGAUGCCGCUUGACCGGAUCGACCACUAUCCACUCUCUAGCUUGAUCUCCAUACCAUCCGUUAUAGCCCUCGCUUUGGCAUGGACGAUUUCAAAAGUCGUCUACAACCUCUAUUUCCAUCCCCUUCAUUCCUAUCCUGGUCCAUUUCUUGGAAGGGCAUUCAGCAUUUACAUCUCCAUUCUCGAAUUGAGUGGCACGCAGCAUAAUAAAGUCAAAGAAUGGCACGAUACUUACGGCGAAGUCGUGCGCAUUGCGCCAAACAGCUUGUCAUAUAAUUCAAGCCAGGCGUGGGAAGAAAUUUGCGGCCAUCGAUCCGGCAGUCAUAAAGCUCUAUUCGACAAAGACCGAGAGUUUUUCGUAUUACCACCAAAUGGGGAGCCGAAUAUUGUAGCAGCUAACGGCGAACAUCAUCGCCGGCUGCGGCGGCUCUUAGCACAUGCCUUUUCUGAAAAGGCUCUGAGAGCGCAGGAAGCCUGUAUUAAGGGGUAUAUCGACCUUUUUAUAGCGCAACUGAAAGAUCGAGCAACUACAGGCAAUGGCGUCGUCAACAUGGUGCAUUGGUUCAACUUCACAACUUUCGAUGUGAUUGGAGAUCUAGCUUUUGGUGAAUCAUUUUCACUCCUGAAGCAGGGUGUGUGGUCGAGAUAUCUCUCCACGGUUUUCGGUUCGAUCCAGUUCGGUAUCAUCGAGCGGCUGCUCAGGCGUUUGUUGCCGUUAACAUGGAAAAAUUUCACCAAGCUUAUUGCUCCAAAGAAGCUGCUAGACGACCGAAUGUUUCAAUAUCAUCUGGCCAAAGAUAAGCUAGCUCGCCGGAUAGCCCAUGAUACAGAGAGACCUGACUUUGUGCACUAUAUGCUCAAGGGAUCUCGUGAAACUAUCGGGGCUGACGGUCUGACAUUUGAGGAAAUGGUCUCGCAAGGAAACCUCCUAUUACUUGCUGGUAGCGAAACAACAGCGUCGCUAUUGUCCGGCAUGUUGUAUUAUCUCCUAGUGAACCCUGACGUAUUGGCCCGCUUAGCAGAAGAAGUCCGCACAUGUUUCCCCAAAGAGACCGAGAUUAGCAUUCAAACCGUCUCCUAUUUACCCUAUCUGCAAGCCGUGAUCGAAGAGUCUCUGCGUAUGUAUCCUCCCGUGCCCAAUGCAUUACCUCGCUCAACUCCCCAACCGGGAGAAGUCAUUUGUGGAAAAUUUGUCCCUGGGGGUACUAGCGUUGGGAUGCAUCACUAUGCGUGCUAUCGCUCUUCGAAAAACUUUUUCGAACCGGACUCUUUCCACCCUGAACGCUGGCUCAAUAAUGGUGAUUCUCGUUUCGCGAACGAUGAUAAGAAUGCAUUCCAUCCAUUCUCUCACGGACCGAGGAAUUGUCUCGGGAAGAAUCUGGCAUAUGCCGAGAUGAAGCUGAUCGUGGCCGAGUUCUUCUGGAAUUUCGAUGUUGAGUUGCAAUCUGAGAGCAGAAAUUGGGCCCAGCAGAAGUCCGCGAUCAUUUGGAGGAAAAAUCCUCUCUAUGUCAAGCUGACACCGAGGAAGUAGUAUGACCAUUGUUUUUGAAAGGUAUUAAUUUUGAUUAGUCCCAGAAUGCCUCUUGUCUUGUUAUAG